AUGGUGGCGGAGAUUAUACAAAAUGCUGUUUCCGGUGACCUGAGAUACGAAAUGUUCGCGAUAACUGAGGGCGAUUUCACAUUUGAUGAGGAUAUGUGGAUGAUAUACACCACAACGUCGAAUCACAUGACUCCGUACGUGAAGUUCUUCACCACUCUGGAUCGAACACACAGGGCUCCGGUCGUAUUGAUCGAUGGAUCGACCAUCAUGGCGGAAGGGAGAGGAGAUGUCAGGGUCGUGACGGAGGAUGGGGAGAUGACGAUCAAGGAUGUGCUCUAUGUUCCGGAGAUCGACAGAAACGUGUUGAGUGCUGGUCAGAUGGGAUCGUUAGGGUAUUCGUUAGCGAUUGGAGGAGGCAAAUGCAGUAUUGAGGAUGAUGAUGGGAACGUGUUUGGGGAAGCCAUGUGGGAAGAGAGAGGAUUUUCUCUGCGUUACCAGGUGAUUGAAGGUAAUUUCACGGCUUGA